UUUACAUUUUUCAUGCAAGUAGGUAUAUAGUAUGUAAAAUAACUUUACUUACUCUUAAUGGCCGUAAAUGUGAGAUAUCUUCUACGGACAUCCAUCUCCAAUAUUGCGACGCUCAAAAGUGACGGCACCUCGGUCUAUUAGGCAAUUGUUCUACAAUCAUCAUCGUCAUCGUCAUCCGCCUACCUAUGGCCCAUAUUGAACAAAACUCUAGAACCAACCACCGACACAAAAAAUGUUUUAAAAAUAAUCCAUUUCAUUUCAAAUAAUAUGGUACAUCGCAGAUACAUGGGUAUUGUUCUUACAUAACUACAUAUGGUCUGAGUGAUUCACGUACGUUGCAUGUGCGGUCUCAAUACCAUUACUUCAGCGAAUGCAUCAAAUGAAAGCACUGGGUAAAUUGUGUGGUUUACCGAUAAAUUUGAAAUACGGUGCAUCGCUCACGCUAGGAUAGAGGUAACUUCAUACCUACACACCGAUAGUCUGAUGCAUCCAGGUAAAUAGUACGAGUUGCCUACUAAGAGGUAGGAUGAAGGUAGACUUAGAGAACCCUAAAACGUGCUGAUGGGGAACCACUGGAAUGGUUUAAGUGAGAUAGAGAAGAAUACCACACUCCCCAGUCUUUUUAGUGUACCCCUGCGUUCCGUUAUAAUUAAGGUACCUACAUGGGGGAAAAUUACAGCUACAAUUUCCAUGUCUGCCUAAGCUUAACCUUUCGUAGAAACAAGUGUGUGAAAGGGGUUACAUAUACUUAAAUCUCGUAGCCCAUAAACGAAACACUGGCCACAAUAAAACCUACUUAAAUUUAAAAUAAAACCUAUUGUCAUAACAGUUGCACUAUGUCAAAACAAACAAAUAACACAUCUCAGGUCCCAAAAAAAUAAUCAAAUAACUACCUAUUACUUAAAUUAUUUAGCGUCAUAUAUUGUAUUACUUAGUUAUAAUUUAUUUAAUAGAUCCAUUUUAAUAUCCAAACGUAAUUCUCAGACUUCUUGUGUCGGACGUAAUAUUAUUAUGCAGGUGUUGUAAACGAAACGAAACUGUGGUGUGUGGAUAUUGUUAAAAAAAAUUAUGAUGGCUCAACGCACCCAAUGGAGGCAAUGAUAGAACAAUCAUGUCCUUCUGUGGCGGACGAAGAUGGUAACAAAGUGGCUAAACCGGUGGAAGAACCGGUGGAGGAAUGGGCACCAUGGUCACUCGUGGUAGCCACCAAGAAUCCUCAUGCACCACCACCAGUCGCUGUCAAAACUUCGCCGGGUCCUGCUUGGGAUAUUGGACAGGUGCUAAAAGCUGCACGCUUGCUGUGUAAGCCGCCGUUGCCUGUGGACUUCGUUGACGAGCAAGAAAUGCGUUGUGUUUAUUCCCUCAUUUACGAAGUUUUUAGAUAUAAAUCCAUAUUGGAUCAAGCUUUGGAAGAUGUUGCGUUUUUGGUGGAACAUCGCGAGUUUUUGGAACAUCGUCACGCAUUAUGGCUGUUUCUGAUGGAAUUGACGAGACGCCGAUGGGGAGCUCGUUCACGCAGCGAAAUGGAGCGAGCCACGCAACUCCUGGAAGAGGCUGGAUAUCCUUUCAAAAAUAUUGAGAACAUUUUAUGGGAUGAAAGGGUCCAUUUAGCUGCUGCUAUCGCUAGAAUUCGAAUUAAAAAUCGCGCUUUCUCCUUGGCGGAUUUAUUGCCGCCCCAUCUGCGUGAAGAACGUGUAUCUGCGUGUGUCAACAAGGAUACAGUGACGGGAUGGGUCAACACUUUCAAAGCCAAAAAAGUUGCCCUUCUAGUAAAGAAGUUACAUGAGCUCGGAUAUACCUACAGUAACUCUCGACAACUUUGUGCUGGAGAAUACAGAUUUGAUCGCGUCUGUCCAAGAUUCAUCACUUUACGUCCACCAGAAAACGAUAGCAUUGGCCAAUUGGAUCUUGUAAGAGACGGAGUAAUAGUGCUUCAGGAGCGUGAAUUCUGCGAAGGCGCAUCGACCCUAUGCCGUGCUCUUCGGGCAAAUUGUCUCAGAGGAGUAGUGGCACAGACACACGCGUCUUCCCCUCGAUGUUCUGCGUACCUCGCUGCUCAACUACGUGAGCUGGCUGCAGUCCUUAAAGCAAAGGCACCAGCAGCACCAGCCACACCAGAACUUGGGAAACUAGUUGUUUUUGGAGCUGGCGAUAAGGUAGAAAGCUACGUCUGUGCCCUUCGUGAACUAGGUAUAGAAGCCUCAGAAGCACCUCAAUCCGGGGCUCCCGUAUGCGUUAUCAGUGACCCAGUACACUAUGACACUCCUGUGGUAACCAACGCAUUAGACGGAGUAGUUGCUGUUCUAGCCACGCCACCUAACUCGUACUCAGCCGUCACAGAUCCCAUUGAUCUUGUUUGCGGGCGAGGAGGGGACCUCGCUAUGUUAGAGAUUUUAACAGAGUCAGAAAUAGAUGUGGAAGGCAAAGCUCGUGUGCAAUCCAUUUUGGAAGAACAGAAGAAAACUUUAAAAUCACUCAUGUCUAAACCACAAAUUCAAUUGAUUUUGUAUGAAACGCAUUCAGCUUUGGAGGCUGAGAAUCAGGCGCAAAUUACUCGGGCAGUAGCAGAGGCGAAUAGACUGGCACGCGAACGACAUGCGUUGCUUAAGAGGAAACAUCGUCAGCCUAGCCCACAAAAGCAAACUGCUCUAUCAGUCGUAAAUGAAACUGUAGUCGUCGGUGCUAACGCUGCUAAUGAACCUCUGGAACCGAAUGAAUCCGUAUCAUCUCUUGGGUCCGUUUCACAUUCCGAAUUAGACAAGGAUGAGAAUGAAGACGAUGAAAUGUCCCUCAGUGAAUGUUCACCCACGGGAUCGCCUUCGGGUUCCCGGCCAAGUACAGCCAAGAACAAGUCUAGUACCACGGCACUGAAGAAACAAGCGGAAAAUAUGGAUGUGCACACAUCUCCAGGGACAACUAAAGCGAGACCUAUCCCUACAAUGCCGAACUGUGACAUACCGAAAGACCCUGAUAAAGACAGCCCUAAUGUUAUUGUGCCAAGUUGUGAUCUAUUUGAAAUAAGGACACUACCGAAUCUGGGGAAUGGUUUGGAUAUCAACUACAUUCUGGACAGAGACGGGUGUUUCCUCGGUUUAAUUCAGAGAAAGGAGAUCACCCGGCUCGACGCUAAGUUUAUGAUCCGAGUGGCCGAGGACCGCGGGUUGUUUGGGCCCGGCGCAGGCGCUCCACAGCCGCAACGACGCAAGCGCACCGAAACUGCUGCACUGUCACCUCGGAGGAGACGUCGUAAGGCUAGCUUUGAGGUGGAGCGCGUAGCAGCUCCUACAUACGCGUCGAUGUCGCGCGCAGCUCGUCGCGGCAGCGCGCCGGGUUGCUUGGACACGAUGACGUGCCGCGACUCCGCCGCCGACCGCCACGUCUGCGAGCGCCACGCGCGACGUCAGGCAGCUGCCGCGGCCAUCACUGCCGCCGGGUGCACUUGUGAUGCUAGGCACAAACACCGUCGUUCAUCAGCGGCGGGUGUGACAGGCGCUCCCGCGUCGUCAGGGCCGCGGCAGGCCGACGCUCCCUGCCGCCGUCCCUUCCCACUCGUGGUCCACGAGUUACAACUCCAAGCAGUUGUACAGCAUCAAAAGAUUUUCGCUUCCUGAAUUACGAGUGUUUAUACCCAACUCUGUUUAUACCUUAUCUAAAUUCAGAUGGAAUUUAUACGAAUUUUGUACGCCGUCAAAAUAUCUAUUUGAGGUUGAAUGAAAAAUAUUAACUUUAUACCUAACGACCGACCUGUAAUUAGCUACCUUUCAUGUAAAUUCAUCUGAAAUUAGAUCUUGUUUCGCAAAUUAUACUAAAAGGUAAUUAGUAUAAUAUAUAAACCUCAAAAAAAUUAUUUGUUUACCUGAAUGUUAUGCUCGCAGUUUUGGAGAUUGGAGGUGCAAUACUUAUCAUCCAAUAACAUAUGACGAAUACCUACUGGUAUAAAUUAAUCAUACUGAAGGACUUUACAGAUGGUAUGAACUUUUAGAUUUAGUUUAGCUAGUAGAUAAUAAAGAUAAAAACAUUUGCAAAAACGUUUAGCUAACCAAAUCUUAGUUUAUAUUGUAUGUCGCAUUUUUGUAAUAUCGAUAUUAUUUUAAUUCGAGCGAAUUUUUCAUUUAUGAAUCCUUUACACUAUAUUGCCAUCAGCAAAAAGGAUUUUCUACUAAAAUGUAUUGAUGUUGUAUAAUAUAACGACCAAUCAGUUUUAAAUUGUUUACAUUUACUUUUUGCCACAAUAAAUUUCGUUACCAAUAGUAUUCCUGCCAUUUUAUUUAAACCUAUCCUAUUUCAGAGUACCUACUGAGCAUUAUAUUAGCCUAGUUUCAACAAGAUUUAGGUAGAAUAUUGUCUAAACUGUUACUUAACAUAUUUAUUGGUAUGUAAAGUCCAAUAUUAAGCACAAAGACAAGAUUAUUUUAAAAAUUGAAAACUAAAUUAAAUAUUAAAAUUAUAACAAAUAUAGUCUCAAACCGACC